CUCUACGUGGUAGCGACGGUCUCGACUCGUAGCUUUAACAGUUCGAGACCAACCAGAGGUCAAAACCACGGAAGACCAAAUGCCCCGCAAAAAGUUAACUCAACAAAAUCAAAGGAUGGAAGAAACACAUGCCCAUUAUCAACUGGGCCGAAUGAUCUUUUUUCAGUCGAGGAUCUCGAUGAGACGCGUGCUCCGGCUAUCAUGACUACUAACAUAACUCUCGUGAUGGUCGGAACCACAGGAGUCGCGGUUCGUUUCAUCGCGCGUAGGCAUGCGGGAUCACGACUGGGUUUGGAUGACUGGCUCAUUCUCGUGGCGUGGAUUCUUUUUGGGGCUUUAUGUGGCCUCACCGUGUUCGGCGUGUUGAAUGGAGCAGGACGUCACAAACAAUAUAUCCUACAAACAGACCCUGGUAAACUGGAAAAAUAUUUACAAUUCGUUUACGGUUUUAAACUUCUCUACCCUUGCAUAUCGGGAUUGAUCAAGGCAAGCAUCUGCUGGUCGUACCUACGGAAGUUGGGCCAUAUCAAAUCUCUCAGGUGGUUCGGCUACAGUCUGUUGACUACAACUGUACUAUGGGCUUUGGCUAUGUUUGUUCUGUCCGUACUUCAAUGUCACCACGUCCAGGAAUUCUGGAAGUCCAAAGGUGAACGGAGUAAAUGUACGGGCUUGCAAGAAUAUUUUAUCAGCAUGAGCGUCGUGGGUGUUUGUGUUGACGCGGUAAUCCUCUUCAUCAUCGUCCAGCCUAUCUGGCAUUUCAGCAUGUGCAUAGGGAAGAAGACGAUACUCCUUUGUACAGUCAUCCUAGCAGUCAGUAAGAUAUGCUUUUGUAUCGUCCGAAUCGUUGAACUCUGGAAUCUCAAAGACUUUAAUAUUACCUGGGACUACACGGGACCAAUAAUAUGGAUGAUCACCGAAGUUACCGUGGGCCUAUUGGCUGCUUGUUGUCCUGUUCUGGAAGCGUUUCUUCCUGAGCGCCCUAUGCAGCAACUGUCAGUUAUGCUCAGCGGACAGGAAGGAGCGGGCUCUACAGAUCGCAACAGAUCGUUAUCGUGGAGUGAAAAGACAAUCAAUUGGAUUGAGAGGAAACGAGGAUUUCAUCGCAGUUCAGAGGUACAGGAAGAUGGUACUGAAAAAAUCAUGCAACACGGAAUAAUGCGCACCUUCAGUAAUACUGUGGAGAUUGAGGAUAUGCGCAGGGUUUCUCCAGUAGCAACAGUUUGAGGGGUAGGACAUGUAAGAACAUUCACCAGGAAAAAAAGGGAAGAUAAUACCAUAGAUCCAUGGCUCUACACAUACACGUACAUCAUGAGUAUGCUCAUCUGAUCCUAAAAGUCUUUAAUUUAUCAAUUAUACCACACAAUAUCAUGCACAUGGAAGAAGAAGGGUAAGUAGCCCUACAAUAAAAUUCAUGGAUCACAAUGUAGCCAGCCGAUCCAAAAAUAGGAAUGGAGAAGACCAAAUUUGACUU